AUGGAGGAGCGGGCGGCAGCCGUCCACGUGGAAGUUAGUCCUAUAGCAGUGAAGAUUGCGCUGCAGAUCACGGAGAGGGUGGCGAGAGACGGUGGGGCGGCGCUGAUAGUGGAUUACGGGGAGGACAGAAUGAUAUCAGACAGCUUGCAAGCCAUACGCAAGCAUGAGUUUGUGAAUGUGCUGGAUGCGCCUGGCUCGGCGGACUUGAGUGCGCAUGCCAUCCGCAAGCAUGAGUUUGUGAAUGUGCUGGAUGCGCCUGGCACGGCGGACCUGAGUGCGUAUGUGGACUUCGCUGCCCUCCGCCAAACUGUCAUCGACUCCAAGUUUCCGGCACGGGCAUACGGCCCCAUCACCCAGUCACAGCUGCUGGGGCGGCUGGGCAUCAACUUCCGCGUAGAGGCAACCCCUUCGUCCCCUCCUUAUGCCCCCUCUCUCCCCCCAUUUCCUCAUCCCCCAUCACCCGUCUCAACCCUUACAGUGCCGGCACGGGCAUACGGCCCCAUAAGCCAAUCACAACUACUUGGCCGGCUGGGCAUCAACUUUCGAGUGGAGGCGCUGCUGCGAGUGGCGUCGGAGCAGCAGGCGGAGGCUCUCAGGGACGGCUAG